UAUUCAAACACUUGUCACGUCUAAAACAACAGAUUAAAUUGUAAUUUUUUGUAAAUUUUUGUAAGCCAGAAAUUCUUCCCAAAUUAUCCGUUUUCCAAAGACAUGGUUAGGGUGGGAACCAUUAUCACAGAUCGGGAUAUACCCACAUCGUCAACUACGUUGCGGCCGAUCUCGUUUCUAUUUUACACGCUGGAGACGAUAUUCAAUAUGUUUUGUUUGGCAUAUCACAUAAAGGGAUUUAUGUCCGUUGAUAUGCAUAUGUUGACGUGGGAUAGGCAUAUCUUUCAGUAUAUUUAUCUGCUCACCUUCUACGUUUUCAUGGUGAUCACACUCUUUCAAAGCAUUAACAUUUGUUCAGGCCACAUUCCCACAAUUUGCAUGGAAAUCUUUAAAUCCUGCUUAGCUUCGAUUGGAUUUACAAUGAUUUCCCUAUUAACUAUGUGGGAUGCGGAACGCGACUUUCACUUGAUGUAUUGUGGCAAGGAGCCCGUGGAUGGUGUCUACGAGAAGGAAACGCCCGUUCAUCCGUUCGCUUUCUAUAUGCUCUUUCAAUCGAUUGCCUCAUUGGCUUGUGGCGUUCUCUAUAUGCUACACGCAACCAUUUUAAUUGAUGUCAAGAUCACUGCUGCCCACCAGGGAUUGACAGAAGGAGCAAACUCUUUGUUUGUGCCCAUUCAUAUCUACGUCCUGGGCGAAUACGUUCAGACCAGGCUCGAGCAAUACGAAUGGUUUCAUGUCUUUUGCUCAAAUAAACGCAUUGAAAUCUAGUUGCACCCGAGUCUGCAAUGAAACAUUAGCCCGGCUACAAAUAAGCUUUUAUAGUACGAUAUGUAAUACACAGUCAAUGUAAUAUGUCAUUUAGAUCUGAUAUAUACAACUAUUUGUCCUAACUAA